UACAACCUUUAACCUUUCUACAAACAGGUGAGGUCAGAGGUUCCAAGAGGCUGGUUUGAGAUCUGAUCAGUUUCUGCGGACAUUCAGAUCAGAUAAAAACCGUCUAGCGGUACCUGGUUCAGAAUGAAGACCCUGUUACUAUUCUUUGCUGCACUAGUCUUGUACUUACUGUUUGGUGUUCCUGAGUUGCCUCUUGAUUCGGUCAAAGGUUUCGUCAAAUGUCUUCCGGUUGCCGCUCUGUCCGUCUUUGUACAGGUGGAGCAGAAAUGUGGUCCCACUUACGCGCGCCUCCUAGCGGCCGGCUUGUUCUCCUCGGCUGUCGGUGACUACUGUAUGUACUGGCACCACACACCGGAAUGGUUCAUGUAUGGUGUCAUUGCGUUCUCCAUCACCCAUCUUCUCUACUCCUUCGCGUUUGGCCUGAGACACCUGACGAUCGACCCCCUGGCGUGCGUUGCCAUGGUGAUAGCCUGUGUGUCGUAUGGGUACCUCCUCCCGGGGUUAAAGGGCGUCCACGCGCCGGUAGUCGCGAUCUACGUGGUCCUGAUCUCCUCCAUGACGCUGUCAGCCGUUGCACGGUUACGACAGGCGACGACGUUACCUCGUCUGUGUGCGUGCACAGGCGCCGUUCUGUUUGCCGUUUCUGAUGUGAUCCUGGCUGUUGACAAGUUCCGUACCCCCCUUCCCUACCCCCGGGUCUCCAACAUGACCACGUACUUCACCGCACAGUUCCUUAUAGCACUGUCGGUGAUAGAAAGUCGUCGGGCGGUAAGAAGCAAGAAAAAAGACUAAUAAGAAUAGGACUUUCAAACACUAUAACAAUUCUUUGCGUGUUUUUAUAUGACUGAUGGAAAUGAUUGUCAUGUGUGAAAUAUUGCCGACAUAUUCUAGUUCGAUUUUGUAACCUUUUUAAGACGGUGUUUAUUAGAUUUUACUGCAGAUUUAAUUGACGACGCAACACGGCGCUUCUAACAUAUUCAAGAAGUUUUCAAAGAUCACCAUUGUAGCUCAAAUUGUUUUUCUGAAUGGGUAUCAUAUACGGAGCGUUAUAAUGGAUGUCAUAUAGAAUAUCUGUCACUGUGAAUCAGUCGUCUGACGAUCUCUGCAUGAGUUCACCCUACAUGUAACAUGGGUGCCAGACUGCUUCCAGGAACUACUCACGUCAACUUCUCUGCCCAGGGCCAACAUGCCCAUUAGGAAAUUAUACCACAAGACCUUGAGUUAGACCAUGACGACGCUGGGCGGGAAGAAAUGUCCCCAAAUGGUAUCUCCUGGCGUGCGAUGGGUCUGGCAUCAGGGCUGCCCUAUAUCACACGCACCGUACCCCCCAUAUUAUUACACCACGCGAGUGUGGUGAACAUCAGGCCUAGCGAACAUGAAUAUAAAAAAAUUGAUAGAUCGUGCGAAUUAAUAAUCUCCAACCAGAUCUAUCGGUGGGGGUAAGAAUUGACCAGUCUGUAACCAUUUCCCCACCCAAGGUGGUGGUGGUAGCGACAAAAAAAGGGCCAUAUAUAAAAAGCAAACGAUCUUCCACCAUCAACCUCUGCUUGGAGAGUACGAAUUAAUUUCUCCGGCCAACUUGUGUCUUGUAAAAAGCCGCGUCUGUGUUCCGAGGCUUGCGUGACGUCACUGUUUGUUCCAGACGUCACAGCGAUGAGACAGUUCCCUAAUUCUGUAAGAAUGACUCACGGUUAGGUGAUUAUCGGCCGGACGAGCACGACCUCGUGCCAGGUCGUGUCCAAACCUGCCAGACAUAAUAACCCUCAAAUUAUCGCACAGUCAUCCGAUUCACAAUACCGGUCGGUCUAUUUUUAGUACGUGACGAUGUAAAUCAUUUUGUACUGGUAGUUCAUAUUCUAAGACUGGUCAGGUGCUA